AUACAGCACAACAGCAGUACUUCCGUUCAGUGACUGCAAGUACUUCCUUACUCUGGAGUGGACGUGGCCCUGCCGACUUCGUAUCUAUCACUCAUGCAGCGCUGCCUGACUCUGACCCUUGCCCGGCACAGCAGGUUCCUUUUAAGAUAUAAAUUUCCAUCUGUCCACUGCCAGCAGUCAGCAGCCAUGUCGGGUCUUCUCAUCAACCAACCCAAAUACUCAUGGCUAAAAGAGCUGGGUUUGUCUGAGGACAACCAUGGUGUAUACAAUGGAAGCUGGGGAGGCAGUGGUGAAGUUGUCACAUCCUACUGUCCUGCCAACAAUGAGCCUAUAGCUAGAGUUACUCAGGCCACGUUGGCAGAAUAUGAAGAAACUGUCCAGAAGGCUAGGGAGGCCUGGAAGUUGUGGGCAGAUAUUCCAGCUCCAAAACGAGGAGAGAUUGUGAGGCAGAUUGGGGAUGCAUUAAGAAAGAAGAUCAAAGUUCUUGGAAGCUUGGUAUCUCUAGAAAUGGGCAAGAUCUAUGUUGAGGGAGUGGGAGAAAUUCAGGAGUAUGUUGAUGUCUGUGAUUAUGCUGUUGGGCUGUCUAGAAUGAUUGGUGGGCCCAUGCUUCCUUCAGAAAGACCGGGCCAUGCCCUCAUUGAACAGUGGAAUCCAGUUGGUCUUGUUGGCAUCAUCACUGCCUUUAACUUCCCCGUGGCUGUCUAUGGCUGGAACAACGCCAUUGCUCUGACCUGCGGCAACGUCUGCCUCUGGAAAGGUGCCCCAACAACCCCCCUCACAAGUGUUGCAGUUACAAAGAUUGUGGCUGAGGUGCUGGAGCAGAAUAACUUGCCUGGUGCUAUCUGCUCCAUGACCUGUGGUGGCGCAGAUAUCGGCACUGCCAUGGCGAAGGACGAGCGCGUGGAUCUGGUGUCUUUCACUGGGAGCACGCAUGUUGGCAAGAUAGUGGCCAUGAUGGUGCAGGAAAGAUUUGGGCGCAAGCUGCUAGAGCUUGGUGGGAACAACGCCAUUAUCGUGUUUGAGGAUGCAGAUCUGAGCCUUGUGGUGCCUUCUGCUGUCUUCGCUUCCGUGGGAACUGCUGGUCAGCGUUGCACCACAACCAGAAGGCUGAUGCUGCAUGAGACUGUCCACGACAAAGUGGUUGAGAGGAUUGCCAAGGCCUACAAGCAAAUCCGUAUUGGAGAUCCAUGGGACCCCAGCACCCUCUAUGGUCCUCUCCACACCAAACAAGCCGUGGAGCAGUAUCUAGCAGCCAUUGAGCAGGCCAAGCAGCAGGGCGGCACUCUGAUCUGUGGAGGAAAGGUGAUGGAUCGUCCUGGAAACUAUGUGGAGCCCACAAUCAUUACAGGACUGGCUCAUGACGCACCCAUCGUCCAUACUGAAACCUUUGUUCCUAUCCUCUAUGUCCUCAAGUUCAAGACAGAAGAGGAGGCAUUUGCAUGGAACAAUGAAGUCAAGCAGGGUCUGUCCAGCAGCAUUUUCACCAAAGAUAUGGGCAGAGUUUUCCGCUGGCUGGGCCCCAAAGGGUCCGACUGUGGUAUCGUGAAUGUCAACAUUCCCACAAGUGGAGCUGAGAUCGGAGGAGCUUUUGGUGGGGAGAAACACACUGGAGGUGGAAGAGAGUCUGGCAGCGACUCUUGGAAACAGUACAUGAGGCGCUCAACAUGCACAAUAAACUACAGCAAGGAUCUUCCUCUGGCCCAGGGCAUCAAGUUUGAGUAAAACCUUCAAGUGACUCACUGCUCAAAAUUCCUCGAGCAUAAAGGACGACACUAAAUACUUUUAGUAGUGUUGCCAAAUGCAUGCAAUACAUUUGUCAUUGUUUUGUUGCAUUCAAAAAGGUCAGCUUAAAUUUACAAAAAAAAAAAAAAAUGUUUGGAAUAAUUUUGGUUCUGUCUUUAGUUGUUGCUAUAGAUACUAAUCCUGGAUUUGAAACUGCUUCAGUUGUUUUGUGUUAAAAGUUAAAUCCUGUUUCCUCCAAAUCUUAGUGUGCACUUUUCUACAAGCACUUCAAAGGAGAGCUCGAGAAUCAUAUAAUUGUACCUGAUAUACUGUACUUCAUACUGUAAAAAAAAAAAAGAGUAAAUAAAUCUUGUUUAUUUUGGGAAAAAAAAGUGGACAUUAUGAUUUUUUUUAGAUCAAAUUGUACCAUAUAGCAUUGCCUGACAAUAAAUACAAUUAUCUAAUUUUCACUAAAUAAAAUGUACUAAUUAAACACUG